AUGAAGACUCUAAUUCUGUUGGCAUUCCUUGGCUUUGUACUGGCCCUUAGCUUGGCUAUUCCAUUCAACGGAGAUACUGCUGAAGCAUAUGAUGCUGAAAGUAACGAUCUUGCGAGGGAGGUCCAAGCAGACGAAAAAGAAGGGUAAGAAAGACACGUAGCCUGUUUCAUUGAUGUAGUUACUUAUAGAUUUUCAAAGACUUAAUUGUAGCUUAUCUGUAAUGGUUAAAAAUGUACUCAUUUCCAAUUCCAUCAUAUGUAUGUGUCCUUUUUCAUUACUCUCCGAACAGUCCUACGUUUAAGUGAUUACGUCGAGGUUACAGUUGUUGAGGCCCUAACAUAGAAUUCAAACAAACGAAAACGCUUUGUCAAAAUGUAUAUUUUUUUUUUUCAUAAAGUAACGUUUUUCAUCCAGCAAAUCAGUUAUGAACCCGGCAGGGUAAUUUUCUGUUCAUUAUAGUGUAUUUGUACUUUGUUAAAUCCCUAGCUAAAACAAGGAUCAUUUGGUAUUGUAAUAUAAAAAAUAUAUAAUUAUAUAAAAACUUAUUUCACUAGAUCGCCAACAAAGCACAUAAAUCAUGAUUUCGGCUGUGAAGACCUGCGUCGGUCUGCCAAGUUCCCCACGUAGCCUUCUUUAAUGAUCGGUAAAUCACCAUAAUUAUAGCCUUUGCCGAAUAGUUACACAAAAAGGUAUAGUUUACAGUUUGAUUAUUUGGAUGCAUGAAUAGAGUUUGAAACAAACAAUGGAAACAAAUUUCCAGUUAAUACAAAACUAAGUAUCAUAUGAUAAACAUUAAAUAUCGAAUAUCAAUUUCGUUUGCCUAAACAGCAACAACAAAGAUAUGAACCACAGUAACGAAAACGAAGAAGACCAAGAAGACGAUGACGAAAACGUUUAUGCUGUACGGCAAGUAGACGAUGAUGACGAGGAAGGAGAGAACGAAGAUGAGAAUGAAAACGCUUUGAUCAAUCCAGGAAAUGAAGUUGAAGAUCCUAUCUGGCCUCUUCUCAUUGGUCGCGCAGUAUUUCGACGUUUCCGCCGCCGAUGUAGAGGCCGGCGCGCGGGUUGGCGUCGCCGACGCAGAGGCCGUCGCGGGGGUUGGCGUCGCAGACGUAGAGGCCGUCGAUGGGGUUAAAGCUGGAAUUGUUAAAAGUAGGUGGAUAUAUCUGAAUCUAAUGUAUAUACAAAUCUAUCCCCCUACCCAUCCGUUUGUAUAUAUUUGUCUGUCGACCUGUUUCUUUGUAUGUCUAUUUAUCUAUACAUUGUUUCAACUACAAUAUGGACAAUCUGCAAUCUGUAUUUCUUUUCGCUCAUCUCCACAAUUUGUUUUUACUAUAUUUACCAGAUAGAGUGGGCUUAUUUUACCAUAUAUGUAGGGAAGUUACCACUCUUUUUCACAAGUUGGUGGUUUAUGGUAGUUUAAACUUUGUAAGGAACUAGGUAAAACAGUGCGGAAGUAUGUUGACCGGUUGCGCGACUUGUCCUGGGGCGGCAACCAUCUUGCACUGUUUAAAGGAUGAUCUGUCUUUUUUUUUCUUUUUUUCUAUUCUCGCUUGACAGUACAGAGUGAGAAUGGGUCAUUGAAUGUUUAUUUUAUUAGUAGCAACGUAAAACACGGAAGAAAUCGAUUUAUUGUCACUUUGAUUUUUCAAAAAUGUCACUAAAUGCAGGUAUUUGUACGACAUUACCUUGCGAUUACAAUCGAUUAUUACAUUAUUUAUUUAUUAUUUUUAUUUCAUUCAUUUUUUGCAUUUUUUUUGUCAUUUACUUUUUUAUUCCUUGCACCUUUUUCUAGGUUUUUCCGAACGUCCCUGUUAGAAGCGACUGCCUGGACAGAGAUUUAAUGAUUGAAUCACACAGCGAACAUGUUUAUCUAGUUAUUGUAAACUCUCUUGUGUAAAACAUGGUUUAGUCCUAUGGUUGGCUAGAACUCCUUUACGUUUGAAAGUUUAUGAAAUAGAUUUACACUGACUUAAUAUCUUAGCAUGCAUAUUACAAAACUUUCUACUAAAGAUAUGUAAGUGAAAUUAAACUGAAUAAAAAAAUGCAAUUAAACGAGCUGUUGAGUUCUUCUGUGUUUUAGUGUAACUUCGAAUUGGCUAAGACAAUGGAAAACAUUAUUCAAUAUGGUUUCUGUAGGACAGGACUCGUAUAUCCUUUCUGACCAUGUAGUCACUUUAUUGAUCGGGAACUCUUGACAGCCUACUGCUGGUCUCCAUCAUGUGAUGAUUUCAUUUGUCACAUUAACAUACAGCCGACGCAUUUGCCUGUUAAAAUUUUCUCAGUGUUGUUUUCACUGUUUUCACAUGAAUUCAUCCUUAAUCCUAGUCGGUCCGGGGAGGGCUUUCGAAGCCCCUCUCCCUACUGUCCUCGCUAAAAUGUUGAAUAACUUCAAAACCGUUCAAGCUAUGGCCACCAAACUUUGCGCCUUUUCCUAAAAAUUAUCUCGGGACAUUUAAAAUUCGUCGUGACCUGUUCGUCAAUAUUUAGGUUAAGAAUGGAACCAGGUUUAUAGUAAAAGCAAAGAUAUGACAAAAGGCUUUAAAACCAAAUUAAUUGGUUGUUCAUUUCGCUAGAACUCUUUUUCAAUCCAGAAUAUCUGUAUCACGAUAUCGAUUAUAUUUCUUGUGAUAUCAAAAUAAGUAUAUCCCUAUAUUUACAAAUUUAGGCUCAAAGCAAAUAAUCUCAGUUUAAUCUCCUACGACCGACUUUGAAUGGAGUGAAAGGAAUCCGUGAAGUGGGGAAUCAUCAGUUAUUGGAAGGGAAAUACACCUAUUACUCCAAUUUCCAAGUUGAGAAGGAUUCUUAAAUAAGUGCAGGUUCCUUUAGAAAUCGGUGUCCACAAUUAUAUGUUGCCCAAGGAUAUCUAUUUCAGCUGAUAAUCGAUACGGUUUAUUACGAGUAAAAACAAACGUUUUGCAUACAAUUGGAUAAACAGUACCAUAGAGCAACUUUUAGAAAACGACUGAGAGUGAAAGACCAAAACUCCGAGGUUAUUUUACAGGCUGAGAAAACCUAGUCUUAUUUAUUUACAGUCAUAUUUUUUAUAGAGGUACUUAUUACUGACAAAAUGCGAGUCAGUGUUUGCAAAAAUACCUAGUUGCGAGAUUAAGUCCUUUAUAGCGGGGCAGACACUAAAGAAGUGAAGGGAGAUAAAAACAUAGUAUAUAUACAAUAACAUUGAGAGGAAGACCAAUAUUAGAGUAUCCUUUGCAUGCGUGAAAAACCGAAACUCCUCGUAAACACUUGUUAUCAAACGCACGUCACGUCGGACGAAAUAUUUGUUUCCUCUCUCAUUUAUUCCCUCCGAGUUUUGGAAUUUUAUGUACUAAACGUCAACUAAUGGUUAUCGCUGAUUGUUAACGAAUUGUGCACGUUGCUUGGGUCCAUAAAAAAAUGUUAGAAUUUUUGGAGUGAGAAUAAGAUCUCAUCGUUGGAAAGGUUAAGGUAAUACAAGCGAAGAUAUUUCGAUUUAAUAUUAGCUGCAAUAUAAACAGUGAGGCGCACAGCAACCAAGCGUGGAACAUGGUAACUACGCUUGUUUCUUUCCAUGAGUGAGUCUCUCAGUCUAUUGCUCAUGGAUAUUGAUGUGUUAACCCUGGGACGUUAACGCAAAGUGAUCUCCCCACCGUGGUACAAGGGGGAAGAGAGUUUUUGACAUGUUCAAGUAUUUCUGAAAGAUUAUACCUUCAGUGGAUAUUUGUACUUUGUUAAAUCCCUAGCUAAAACAAGGAUCAUUUGGUAUUGUAAUAUAAAAAAUAUAUAAUUAUAUAAAAACUUAUUUCACUAGAUCGCCAACAAAGCACAUAAAUCAUGAUUUCGGCUGUGAGGACCUGCGUCGGUCUGCCAGGUUCCCCACGUAGCCUUCUUUAAUGGUGGGUAAAUCACCAUAAUUAUAGCCUUUGCCGAAUAGUUACACAAAAAGGUAUAGUUUACAGUUUGAUUAUUUGGAUGCAUGAAUAGAGUUUGAAACAAACAAUGGAAACAAAUUUCCAGUUAAUACAAAACUAAGUAUCAUAUGAUAAACAUUAAAUAUCGAAUAUCAAUUUCGUUUGCCUAAACAGCAACAACAAAGAUAUGAACCACAGUAACGAAAACGAAGAAGACCAAGAAGACGAUGACGAAAACGUUUAUGCUGUACGGCAAGUAGACGAUGAUGACGAGGAAGGAGAGAACGAAGAUGAGAAUGAAAACGCUUUGAUCAAUCCAGGAAAUGAAGUUGAAGAUCCUAUCUGGCCUCUUCUCAUUGGUCGCGCAGUAUUUCGACGUUUCCGCCGCCGAUGUAGAGGCCGGCGCGCGGGUUGGCGUCGCCGACGCAGAGGCCGUCGCGGGGGUUGGCGUCGCAGACGUAGAGGCCGUCGAUGGGGUUAA